AUGAAGUCCACACCGUCCAAGCGUCUCCGCCUCACUUGGUCUGAGAAAGUGGGCAUCCUCGACAAGGCAGCCCGCACACCUGCUCUCUCCUACAGGGGCCUGGCUGAGUGGGCUGUGACGGAGUUCAGCCUCCCGGCCGCCCCAGGCAAGACAACGAUAUGCCGCAUAAUCAAGUCAAGUGCAGUCCUGCUGGGGCGGCCGCUGGAGAAGGACCAAGGAAUCAUUCAUUGUAUUAAGCGACACAUGCUAUCCCGCAAGAUGAUGCAGGCUCUAGACCGGCUUGGUGAAGGGCUAGAUAAUCCCUACGAGGUCGACCAGUUGACAGCGCUGUUGUGGUGCGAGGAUGCCUG